GCCGAGCGCCGGAGACCUGGGGUUGGGCAGAACCCAGUUCCGUGCAACUUUCAAGUGAGUUGCAAACUCCGCCCCGAGGCCGGAGCCGGUGGCCCAGCGCACUGAGACCUCGGGGACCCGAACGAACGAAGGCCUUGACCGCAACCCGCUGCCUGGGACGCAGCAGCGCCGCGGGGAGAGUCGAACAGCUGGUUCUCCGCAGCAGGAAGUGCGGGUGGGAGCCGUAACUGCUCCGGCAGCGCGGCGAGGCGGCAGAGCGCGCCCGCCCUUACCGGCUCCCUGGUCGGUUUCUCCGAGCCCCGGCCUCCUCGCCUCAGCCCACGGGUCUCCCCAUUCUUCAGGCUCCCCGCACUGCAGAUUUAGGGGGCGGCCGGCUCCGCCUCUGCCAAGGGGCAGCCGGAGCGCCCCUCUGGUUCUCGCCCUUCCGCUGAUUACCCCAUCCCAGCCCUGCGUGAGCGUCCCUCUAGGCAUCUUGUAGGGGUUCUCCCUUCGUCCUGAGGCUGCGGGAUGGUGUCCUGGAUGAUCUGUCGCCUGGUGGUGCUGGUGUUUGGGAUGCUGUACCCAGCUUAUGCUUCCUACAAGGCUGUGAAGACCAAGAACAUACGUGAAUAUGUGCGGUGGAUGAUGUACUGGAUAGUCUUUGCACUGUUCAUGGCAGUGGAAACCUUCACAGACAUCUUUAUUUCCUGGUUCCCUUUCUACUAUGAGAUCAAGAUGGCCUUUGUGCUAUGGCUGCUCUCACCUUACACCAAAGGGGCCAGCCUGCUUUACCGAAAGUUUGUCCACCCAUCCUUAUCCCGUCAUGAGAAGGAGAUUGACACCUGCAUCGUGCAGGCCAAGGAGCGCAGCUAUGAGACGAUGCUCAGCUUUGGGAAACGGGGCCUCAACAUUGCUGCUUCAGCUGCUGUACAGGCUGCCACCAAGAGUCAGGGUGCACUGGCUGGAAGGCUGCGGAGCUUCUCCAUGCAGGACCUGCGCUCCAUCCCUGAUGCCCCUGCCCCUGCCUACCAGGAUCCCCUCUACCUGGAGGACCAGGUACCUCGCCGCAGGCCGCCCAUCGGGCACCUCGCGCUCACUGAAGGUUCGGACAAGGAAAAAGACCAUUUCCUCAGACAUGAACAGCUAGGGUCUUCAGAGCCUGGCUCAGUUUUACCUCUUGCCUUGUGGAGCACCAGGUGCUAUUUGGAGGGGACCUCUGGCUGCAUGUCUGACCUACCUGCACCAGCUGCUCAGGCUCUGCCCCCUUGGCUCCUGCUGCUGGCUAAGGGCUGGGUGCUGCCCAGGCCAUGCACAGGACUAUACCUGUAAUGUACCAAAGCAGGCUGGGCCCAGGAUUCUAUUUAUUAUCUUUCUCAUCCUUCUACCUUCCCGGUGUGUGGGACCAGCGCCCUUCUCAAACCUCUGCAAAUGAAACCAAAAGUCCACCCAGCUGUGUUCAUUCCUUUCUAUCCUUCAAAGUACUUGACAGUCUCCUCCAAGGCCUGUGUGUGUGUGUGUGUGUGUGUGUGUGUGUGUCCUGGUUGUAUGUUUUAUGUUGGUGAAUGAGGUCAGGUUUAUGCAAGUUUUGGUAAAUAAAUACAUAAAAGUGG